AUGGCCAGCGCCAAGAUUGGGGCGGACUUUAAGAAGGAUAACGGCGAGUUUGAGGAAACGAUCCUGACCAUCUGCAACUUCACGCACCCAGACAGCACCAUGUCGACCACGCUCCCGGAAUCCUAUCCGGACCCCGAGUACGAGGCGGCGCACGUGGCCACGUACGAGCGGGUGCCGCGACACCCCAUCAAGCCCGCCUUCCCGCCGGGAGUGCGCGAGGCCGACUUUGCGCAGGCGGUCCAGGAGUUCAUCGCCAUCGUCGGCCAGGACGCCGUAUUCGUCGGCGAGGGGCUGUCCGACUACAUCGACCCGUAUGACAUAAACGAGGCCGACGAGAGCAAGAGAAAGGUGCCGAGCGCGGCAGUCUGCCCCCAGUCGACGGACCGCCUCAAGGCUAUGCUAGGCGUGGCCAACAAGUAUGCCAUCCCGCUGUGGACCUUCUCGCGGGGCAAGAACCUCGGCUACGGCGGGCCGGCGCCGCGCGUCAACGGGUCCGUGGCGCUCGACCUGCACCGCAUGAACAAGAUCAUCGAGGUCAACGACCACUUCCACUACGCCGUCGUCGAGCCCGGCGUCACCUUCAUCGACCUGUACAACUACUGCGUUGAGCACAAGAAGAACGUGUGGCCCAGCACGGCGUCGCUGGGCUGGGGCAGCGUCAUGGGCAAUACGCUGGACCGCGGCAUGGGGUUCGGGGCCAACUUUGCGCACCACCAGGCCAUGGCGGGGCUCGAGGUGAUGCUGGCGGACGGCGACGUGGUGCGGACGGGGCAGUUCGGCAUCUCCAACUCGCCGUCAGCGUUCCUGUCCAAGUUCAGCUUCGGCCCGUCGGUCGAGGGCCUGUUCCUGCAGAGCAACCUAGGCGUCGUGACCAAACUGAGCCUGUGGCUGACGCCGCAGCCCCAGGCCUUCAUGUCGUGCGCAUUCAGCAUGCCCGCCUUUGACGACCUCGAGGUCAUGGUCGACGUGUUCGGCGAGCUGCGCCGCAACGGCACCAUCAACAACGUCGUGUGGUUCACGAGCCUGAUCGAGACGCUGUGCAUUUCCGGGCGUCGCGAGGACUACUGGAAGGGCGAGGGCCCCGUGCCCGACUGGCGCCUCGAGGAGCUGCGCGUCGAGACGGGUUUCGGGCACUGGUACGCGCGGUGGGGGCUCUACGGGCCCAGGCGCGUGGUGCAGGCGCAGUUCGACGAGGUCAAGGCGGUGCUGGCGGAGCGGGCACCGACGGGCGAGAUCACGGGCACGCUGUACGACGACGACGCCGGGGUGGACGCGGCGGCGGUGCCGCCCGAGCACGGCAGCAUGUUUGUGGGGGUGCCGCAGCUGUGGAGCCUGCCGCUGAUCAACUGGCCCAUCCCCAAGGACCGCGUGGGCAAGGCGGCGCACGGCGACUACGCGCCCGUCAUCCCGUCGUCGGGCAAGAUGGUGCUCGAGUGGAUGAGGGCUAGCAAGCCCGUGUGCGAGGCCAACGGCGUCGAGCUGAUGGCUGAUUUCUUCAUGCACGAGCGCCAUGUCGUGUUGAUGAACAUGUUCACGUGGGACCAGACGGAUCCCAAGCAAAAGGACAACAUGAACAAGCUGUACUACGGCCUGCACGAGGUGGCCAAGGCGAGGGGGUACGGCAUGUACCGCGCCCACGUCAACCACAUGGAUCUCAUCGCGAACCUCAACGACUUCAACGGCCACGCCUACAACCGCUUCGUCGAGAAGAUCAAGGACGCCCUCGACCCGAACGGCAUCCUAGCGCCAGGAAAGCAGGGUAUCUGGCCCAACAGGUUCCGCCAUUUACGGGAAACCCAGGAGGCGGACCCGAAGUGAGCGGCAAGCGCGUCAAGGUGAGGGGGAACUGGAUGUCGGCGUAUUUGAGGUGCUGUUUAAGAUUCAAAUGGCGGGGCCUGGUGUCGUUGUCCGCCGAUUCUAGUGGUUUGGAUCUGGCAAGCCUGAUGUGGUCUGCCGGCCGGCAGUAGUCGGUCAGAGUCGAGUUAUGUUGCUCUCCAGGCCACGAGGAGCGGGAGAAGACACUUUCCAAGCUCCGGCGAGACAGCGCAUUCCUCUCACGCAAUCUCUGCCCGCGCAAUCUCUGCCUGGUGAAGAAACACCGUGCUCUUAACUUGUCGACGGCCGUCCGUGAUGUCAAAUUUGAGAAAGUAAAGGCGAAUGGACGGGACGCCCG